CAAGUUUACCACUGAGCCUGUUAGAUCGGUGUGAAAAAAGCUCGCUGCGUGUACAAAAAUACUCCGCCGCGGCCGCCGCUAUCACCAAAACACCAACAUUAACACCUCUCAAACUGACUUCCACCUGUCUCGUGCGCGUUAAGUUUCUCUUGCUCUCGCAUAUUAAAAACAACCCUCCUCUUAAUAAGCCACCUACGAAAAAAGUGGGACUCACAACUGAAAAAGUCCCAGUCCUUGUUUUCUUCUACUGUCUGUAAUUUUGGGAGUCGUUGGUAUAUAUUUUCAUUCGAAAUGGAAAAGAGGACCCAAUCAAUAUUAGCAUAGCAAUAUUUCUUGUCCAUCCAUCGAGUUGGAUUGUUUUUGAAACUAAACGAGAAUUAUUUCAAACCUUUGAAACGUCCUUGUCAAUUAUUGUUAUUUUAAAAGAAGAGAAAACAAAAAAUAUAAUUCGAAAACACACGCAAUAAUUUUAACUGUAACCAUUACAUAACCCUUAGAAACAUUUUUACUAUUCCGUCGCGUCGUUCGUCGCUCGGUAACACCUGAAACCUAUGAACUUAUUUAGGGUUUCAAACAUUUUAAAUUGAUUUCUUAAUGCCUUCAACGAGAAUAUUGAAUAUUCGAAAUUUCAAAAUUUCAAAUGGAAUAAAUAUAAAUUUAAUUGUUUUGCGAGCACAUGUGCGGGCUACGUUUUAAAACCCGAAAUAGCCCGUCUCAGAAGACGUCCUUGCGUUGGGGCGAUAGCUGUUGGUGCGUUGUGUUUUAAUUUCAAAAAAAGGUGCUAAAGUGUGGAUUUUAUUUUUCAUUAAAACUCGUAUACUCGUAUAUAUAUUGAAGUCUAAACUACGAGCAAAAGCUAUAAAGCAAUUCCUUUUACGCAAAUUAACAAUUUCCUAAAAAAUCACGACUGUAUUUUUAAAACAUACAGAAAUAUUUUAUUUAUAAAAAUUUAAUAAAAUAAGUGAAGAAAAGUCUUAACUUUAAGUUUAAAAAAUAAUUCAUAAAGUAUUUUGCUACAUAUGUAUUUUAAUGAAAAUAUUAUCUAAAAAAAUAGUUUGUGAAAAUGUCUGUGAUUUGUUUAAUUAAAAUAAAAUGAUAACAAAUUUAAAAAAAUAUUAUAGAAAUUUGUUAUAAGAUUGUUACGAAUUUGUGGAAAACGAGCAGAAAUCAGAAAGAAGAAAUUAAACCGAAAAGCUUUUCCUAAAAAGGUAUCCUUGCGAGAAGACUAAAACUAUCUCCAAGACUCCAAAACUACUUUCGCAACUAUGAUUAAUAUCGCUGGAGUAGUGAGCAUUGUGCUCUUUUACCUACUUAUCCUAGGUGUAGGUAUUUGGGCGGGUCGGAAGAAAGAAGCUGGCAAUGAUUCCGAAGAAGAGGUUAUGCUUGCAGGAAGAUCGAUUGGAUUAUUUGUUGGAAUAUUCACAAUGACAGCUACGUGGGUCGGAGGUGGUUAUAUAAAUGGGACAGCUGAAGCGAUCUAUACUCAAGGACUGGUGUGGUGUCAGGCUCCAUUUGGUUAUGCACUCAGUUUGGUAUUCGGUGGCAUCUUCUUUGCAAAUCCCAUGCGGAAGCAAGGUUAUAUUACUAUGCUUGAUCCCUUGCAAGAUUCGUUUGGCGAGAGGAUGGGUGGGUUGCUGUUCUUACCAGCUCUGUGCGGUGAGGUGUUCUGGGCUGCUGGAAUUCUAGCUGCUCUAGGUGCAACUUUAUCAGUCAUUAUCGAUAUGGACCAUCGGACUUCUGUGGUCCUCUCAUCGUGCAUCGCUGUCUUUUACACUCUCUUCGGGGGCUUAUAUUCGGUGGCAUAUACAGAUGUUAUUCAGCUAUUCUGCAUCUUUAUUGGGUUGUGGAUGUGCAUUCCAUUUGCAUGGGCUAAUGAUCAUGUCAAGAGUUUAUCAUCAAUGGAUGUCGAUUGGAUUGGAUCAGUUGCACCUGAAAUGAAAUGGUUCUACAUAGACUACGGAUUAUUGUUGGUUUUCGGAGGAAUUCCAUGGCAGGUCUAUUUCCAACGAGUAUUAUCGAGUAAGACUGCUGGCCGAGCACAAAUUUUAUCCUAUGUUGCAGCAUUCGGUUGUAUCUUAAUGGCCAUCCCACCGGUUCUAAUUGGAGCAAUUGCAAAAUCAACUGCUUGGAACGAAACUGACUAUAAGGGUCCAUACCCACUGACUGUUGACCAGACCAGUAUGAUACUUCCUAUGGUGCUGCAAUACUUGACACCUGAUUUUGUGUCGUUCUUCGGACUUGGUGCUGUAUCUGCGGCUGUGAUGUCCUCAGCUGAUUCGUCUGUUCUAUCGGCAUCGUCCAUGUUUGCCCGCAACGUAUACAAAAUGGUAUUUCGUCAAAAUGCAUCCGAAAUGGAAAUAAUUUGGGUUAUGCGAGUUGGUAUUCUUGUUGUUGGUGUAAUGUCGACUGUAAUGGCCUUAACGAUUCCUUCAAUUUAUGGACUAUGGUCAAUGUGUUCCGAUCUGGUUUACGUCAUUCUAUUCCCACAAUUGCUAAUGGUGGUGCAUUUUAAGCACCACUGCAACACUUAUGGCAGCUUAGCAGCAUAUUUGGUGGCCUUCUUUGUGCGGCUGUCAGGCGGAGAGCCCUUGAUGGGUCUUGAUGCUUUCAUCUAUUAUCCUGGUUUUGAUGAAGAAACUAAAACUCAAUUGUUUCCCUUCCGAACAAUGGCAAUGAUAAUGAGUCUGUUUACAUUAGUUUUUGUAUCCUGGUGGACAAAAAUGAUGUUUGAAUCUGGGAAACUUCCACCGAAUUAUGAUUAUUUCAAAUGCGUGGUCAAUAUUCCUGAAGAUAUUGUAAGAGUUGGAGAACCAUCAGAAGCUGGCGAGCAGCUUUCUGUGAUGGCGGGUCCACUGGCACGAUCCUAUGGUGCGGCAACAAUGGUUGGAAAAGAUGAACGCAAUGGCCGAAUAAAUCCAGCCCUGGAACCAGACGAUGAUUUGCCAGUUGCCGAAGCGCAACGUCAAUUUCAACUGUCAAUGGGAAGCGGUAGCGGAGGCGGUGGAGUUCAACCAGGAAUAGCCGUGCCAACUGCUGAGGAUAAUACGUCCUUCUAAUAGAGAGAAACAGAGACAUCAAACUAUUAAAAAAGAACAUCAUUAGCCAUCAUUAAAAUAAAAGACGUAAAUAUACAUAAUAAUAUUAUACAACCAGAUUAAAACUAAACUCAUUAAAACAAAAACACUAAGAAAAAUUAUUAGCAUUACACAACUAAAUAAUAUUUUAUUUUUAUAUACAAAAUAUUUAAAUUCUAUAUUUUUUUGUAAUUGUUUAAAUUUUAAAGUGAUAUUAUUAUAAAGUUAUUUCCAAAUUUAUUUUUGUUAUUGUUUUGUUAAUUAUUUGUUAAAAUUGCAUUUAAUUGGUUUUUGUGAAUAAACGUUAUGGAAAGAUGUUAAGUGCUCAGGUAUAUUUAUUGAUGGAUAUAAUAAAUUAAUAUAUUACUUGUUUAUUUUUGAAAAUAUUUAUAUAUUUAGUACAAAAUAGUUUAAACAAAAAAUUGCAAAAAUUAUAUUUUUUUGUAAAUGUUGUUUUAUUUUAUUUUUAAAUUUUGUCUUAAGAAUUUCCUUUUUAUGUGUAGUUAAAUUCAUAGGAAUUCAUUAACGAAAUAUUCUACCUAAAAAUAUAUAUAAACUACCUACAAUAUACUACUAUUAAAAAAAAUGUAAAAAUAAAAAUCAAAAAACAUAUCUGCAAACUGCAAUAUAUACAGAAACAAAAACAACAAAAAUAAAACCAAAUACGAAACAAGCCACUGCAACUGAACAUAUCACUGUGAAUACUAAUUAAUUAUAAAAUAUUUUAAUUUUAACGUUAAGGAUAAAUUUAACCUUUUAAAAUCAAAUCAACUACAGGAUUUCUUAUAUUAAACUUAAUGUUUAAGAAUGUUAGAAGAAGAAUUUUAAAAUUAAACUUAAUAGUUAAUAACAUUCAACAAAUUAGAUUCAAGACCACAUUAACGUUAAAUAAUUCGUAUUUUUUUUUAAACUUUAUUUCGAUAUUCGAUCUCAGUCAAGAAACAAAUUGGAACAGACAUAUUUUACGAUUUUUUAAAAUGUUUAGAGGCAAUAGCUUUGUGUUUCAGAGUUAGUUUAUUAAUAUUACUUUGAGUUUUUUAAGCUAGUAAAAUUAAAGGCCCCGUUAAUCCUUUCUAUUCUUUUGGGGCAAACAUUUCUCAAAUAAACUUUUUAAUUUAUAACAAUUUUUAGGAAGUAAAAGAAAAGCAAACGAACAUUUUUUUUUUCAAAAUUUUUCGUUUAAUUUCAAAAUCAGAAUGAGGAUCGGUGAUCUUGUAACUAUUUUUAGGUGCUGAUUUAACAUUGAACUGUUCCUAGCUUGGUUAUUUCAGAAAAGCUUUUAAAUAAUAAAAGAUUAUCCAAAUCAAAUUAUACUUUUUUCAAGGACUUUGAUUGCCGUAGUUCGAAUCCCACUUCAAAACAAAUUUUACACUUCAGGUUUUUAAAACACAACCUUUUCGAAUUAAAAAAAACUCAUAUUAGGCUUUUUGAGGCUAUGUUAAUUCAUAAAGCAGUUGUUUUUGAUUUUCCAAAUUCACAACUUCUUCUCAUCACUUGUAAGUUCUUUAACCUUAAAAGACCGCUGAAGCAUUUAUACUUAAACAUGUUUUAAUAAAAACAUCAACGAUCUUCUGAAACCUAAGAUUUGCCAAAAAACUUUGUUUUAUUUCCAAGAAAAGAAUGCCAAUGAAACCCGUUAAGAGAGUAAACAGGGCAUUUGAUACCUGCCGCGUUAUAAGAAGGCUACCAUUUGGAGAGUAUUAGACGCAUCUCUGGGCUGGUGCUCUAGCAACUUAUUUAAGCCUUUUGGACAGUAUUUAAUGAAGAGCUGUGGAGUGAUAGUUAAUGAGUAGGAAAUUACUCGUCUUGUACUUAAAAGCUUAAACGAUUCUGUAGGACGAAUGUUUUCUCGUACUCGUAUAGUACUUACAAAUGUUGACAUUCACAGGACUGGCCGGGAUAGUAUCCGCGCGAUUGUUCUGAAGAAAAUUUCUUGAACGUUGGCAAAACAACUGCGUAAGCUUUUAAAUAUAACCUUUUCUACAUGUCUUUUUUGCGAAUGGAUAGAAAACAGCUUUUGUCCAGCUUGUGUGUAAUAAAGGCGAAUCCUCCUCAUGCUCCAACUCUCUUGCAAUUGCAACAAAGUCUUUUUUUCCAAGGUCAUGAAAAAGUUGAUCAAUUUUCAGCUUGAAGAUCGAUAGGUUUUUAAUGACCGGCAGUAUGGCUUUCGUAGCAAUAGAUAUACUGGUGAUCUCAUGGUUUAACUCACCGAACAGUGAAACAAAUUUUUAGAUCGUUUUAGAGAAAGUAAGAUUAUUGAAACUUGAAGUUUCAAAGACAUUUGAUACAACUUGGCAUUAGGCUCUCCUAUUUAAAAUGUGUGCAUUUGAUAUUGAUGAAUCUCUCCUUUGUUUGGUUAGAAACCUUUCGGACCGUUCAAUUCAAGUAGUUUUGGACAGGUUUAAAUCUGAAUCCUUGGUGUGCCCUAAGGCUCCGUUUUGUCUCCAAAACUUUUACCUAUUUAAAUGAUCUUUUGUGCAAAACUUCUAACUCAUUUAAGUGUUUAGCUGAUGACAAUACCCUCAGCUUUUUAUAUUCAGUUUAUCAUCCUUGUCCUUCGGAUGUAGAUUACCACCGGUCACUAAAUUUUGAUAUUUAGGCUGGUGCCCCAAUAAUCUACCUGAGUCUUUUAAAUAGAAUUGAAAGGAGAGCUCUUAAAUUAUAGACAGUUGUUAUUGACAGUGAGACAUUUUUGAACGUGAGGUCUCAUGCCUAUCAUUUUGUGUCGAUAUUUUCACAAACAAUACUGUAUUUGUAUGUAUUUCUCUCCUUAAAAAAUUUUUCGGGGAAUGUUCAUCAAUUUACCCUUGAACCCAAUUUCGGACGUACUGUACAUAAAGAGAUUCUUUCUUUAGCCACACUACAUGAAUGUAGAAUGCUUUACCAGGCUCAAUAUUUCACACUCAUUGCAAUAUGCAGACAUUCUAAAGCAAUGUGCAUCGAUAUAUUCUUUUUAAUACUGUCCUCCUUUUCUAAUUGCUCGCACUUUGUUUAAUCAUUAUUAUGGUAUUCAUAACUUCUUAAGUUCGCGAACAAUAUAAAAAAGGACGAUAACUGCCUUUUAGGAGGAACUGACUCCUCCUCCAAAGUAAUUCUUGUCAUGAGAAGUUCUUUCUUAAAUUCGCCGUUCGUUUUUGGCAUACAAUUGUAGGUCCCCUCCAUCCCUGAUUAAUUAAUAAACGCUUUACGCUAAUCAAGUCUUUGCAGCCAUUUUCCGAAAGCGAUUGCAAUGACUUCACGUCAAAAAAGAUAACAUAAAAAAGCAAUGACCUUAAAUGAAUGUCUCAAAAAAUUUCAAUCCAUUGAUUAAACUCUAAAAUUAAAUACAAUAAAAAAGUACAAUAAAGUACAUUUAUUAAUAAAACAUGUAAUUUUUAAAAGAUUGUUUCAUUGCUCCCAUAAUAGAACUCAUGUACGAUAAAUUUGACAGCUCUAUUCUAUUUUCAUGUUACUUAACCUCUUAAAAUAUAAAAUUAUUGAAUUGUAUUCCCAUUUUAAGUUAAAUGUUUCGACUUUUGGCUGACUCUUAUGUAACAGUUUUUUUGUCAUCUUUUCACAAAAAGAUUCUGUACUUUAGUUUUCAAUUUAAAAAAUAUUUUUAUCAAUUUAGUUUCCGACAAAAAACGCAAAAAAAGUAGAUCAAAGUUACAAUGUAGACAUUUAAAUGUCAAUUUGGAUCACAACUUAUUCUUAAGCAUAAAAAUCAUACACAAGCUACAAAAUUAAAAAUUAGAAUUUAUAAAAGAUGAUAAGACAAAAAUUAAAACAAAUACAUAUCACUAAUUGUGUCCUUCCUACAAAAAGAAAAACAAAACAAAAAAGAAUGCAAAAAGUAAGCAAUGCAAAAUAUCACAAAAAAGGAAAAACAAAACAAAAUUCUUUGCUAAAAUUAAAACCAAAAAAUAACGAAACAUAUCAUUUAAAUGUGAAUAGCUAUAUACUAUAUUUAUAUAGAUAAGUAUACAUAUAUAAUUAUAUAAAUAAAUGUAAAAUAAAUUAUAAAUCCUGUUAUACAAAAAAUUAAUUAAACUUAAUAUUAAUUAAAUGUACCUAUAGUGUAAAAAAAACAAAGCAAAACAAAAUAAAACAUAAACAAAACAAAAUCUUUCAAGAUUCAAAAAUAUUAGAUGUUAUAAGAAUAAAAAUAUAGUGAGAUUAUAAAUUAUAUUAUAUUAUACAAAAAUUAGACAAAAAGAAAAAAGCUGAUUAGUACCUAUACCUAAACCUUAAAUAGAUACCAAAACCUUAAAAAAAUAAACAAAACAAUAACAAUACGAUUUAAAGAAAUAAAAAAUGUUGCAAAAUGACAGUGUUAAAUAAAUACAAAAAAUAUAAAUAAAAUAUUUAUGAAUCCAGUCAGUUAUUUUUGAUUCUUAUAUUUAUACAAAUUUAUUCUAAACAAAAAACUGUUAAUAAAAUUUUAUCAUGAAAUAUUAAAUUGAACUGAAUAUUUUAUCUUUUUUGUUAUAUUAUUAUUGUUUUUUCUUCUUUCUUAAAUUAAAUAAAAAAACUAAUAUAUUUAUCUUUAAUAAAAAUUCAAGUAAGUAAUUUAACUAUCUUGAUGUGUUGUUAUUGCGUUAUUUUAUUAAAUACAAACAAAUUCAUAUUAAAUAUUGGUGUUAAAAAUGGUGUUACUUUAAUGUUCUAUGUAUAAUUAAAAAAAUAAUAAGAAGAAAAUAAAAUAAAAAAAAACAAAACAUAUCAAUUAAUAAUAUGUAAUUUAUUAAAUUUAAAUAAGUUGUGUUUGUAUUUUUAUUGUUAUUUUUACCAAUUGCUUUAAUAUUUUAAUACAGUAUUGAAAUUUAUUAUUACAAAAUAAUAAAAUAUGUAAAAAGAAUAUACAUACAAAAAAACCACCCUAUUUGUUUGACAAUUAUUAAUAAAACAAAACAAAAAAUGAAUAAUUUGUGCAAAAAAUAUUAUUAAAAGUGGAAAAAAUUAAUUAAACAACAAAAAAAUAUGAAAGUAAAAUAAAGAACAAAAUUAUGUAUUGGUUUCCUUGUUGAUGCAA